GUAAGGCCAGUAAACAUGGCGAUGAUACUGGAUUACGAUGAAGCGACGCUACGACGGCACAUGGAAAGCCGAGGCCUGGACAUCGAAGUAAUUGAUGCAAGGAUUCGCGAAUUCAAGCUCAAAACCUUACCCAGUGCCAAGUAUUUCGAUGAUCAACGGCUACUCCAUUUAGUUCGUGCUUCAUUAUGA